UGUAACUGUGCCUGUCUGCUCCCGACUUUUCGUGCCGACACCGAGGAUGAAGAAGCAAAACGUCCGGACCCUGUCGCUCAUCCUCUGUAUGUUUUCCUACUUGCUGGUCGGCGCCGCGGUGUUUGACGCGCUGGAGUCCGAGUCGGAGAGCUCCCGCAGACGCAUCUUGGAGCAGAAGCGCAGCGAGAUGAAGAAGAAGUACCGCUUCUCCGAGGACGACUACCGCGAAAUCGAGCGAGUGGUGCUGCAAGCUGAGCCCCAUCGCGCCGGCAGACAGUGGAAAUUUGCUGGCUCUUUUUACUUUGCCAUAACAGUCAUCACCACCAUUGGUUAUGGACAUGCAGCACCAGGCACAGAUGCAGGAAAGGUCUUCUGCAUGUUCUACGCUGUACUGGGAAUUCCUCUCACUUUGGUCAUGUUCCAGAGCCUUGGAGAAAGGAUGAACACAUUUGUCCGCUAUCUCCUACAUAAGACGAAGCAGUGCCUGGGCUUUCGAUGCACUGAGGUGUCCAUGGAAAACAUGGUCCUGGUGGGCUUCCUGUCCUGCAUUGGAACUUUGUGUGUCGGGGCUGCAGCCUUCUCCCACUUUGAGGGAUGGAGCUUCUUCCAUGCUUACUACUACUGCUUCAUCACACUCACCACUAUUGGCUUUGGGGACUUUGUAGCCCUGCAGAAAAAGGAGGACCUCCAGGAGAAAACACCCUACGUGGUGUUCAGCUUCAUGUACAUCCUGGUUGGGCUAACUGUAAUUGGGGCCUUCCUAAAUCUGGUGGUGCUUCGCUUCCUCACCAUGAACACUGAGGAUGAGAGGAGAGAUGCUCAAGAGAGGGCGUCACUGAAGAGGGACAGAGGCCUCUUGGAUGGGGCUCUGCGUCUCCAUGUUAUAGGGGAACAGAGCAGAGACAGCCACAGAGAGAGGAACAGGAGCAACGCGGUGCACAGUCGUAGCCACAGCACGCUCUUCCUCCCGAUCGAGGAAGGAACCAGCCGUACCAACCUCAUUGCUUCCCCAGUGGAGGAUCAGGAGAGACAAAGAAGCCCCAGCAGACACAGGCUGCAUUUUCACAUCAAGGCGGGCAGAAGCAGGCCGGAGUCGAGCCUCAGCUCCCUCUGCUCCUGCGUCUGCUACCACUUGGGGAUUUGUGAUAGUCCUCUUAUCUCCCACAGUGAACACCAUGGCUGCCACAUCAAUUCUGUGUACUCCAAUUCAGUCUCCUAUAGGAUCCAGGGAUGCUCACCAGGUUCCAGGGACAACACUGGACUCUCCUCCCCGGGAAGCACACUCUCUCCUGGGCAUAGCUUCCGGGAGUUCCCUCGUUCAAGGAGAAAGUCGGUGUAAAGAGCACUGUAGCAAGAGAGAGUGUUUGCACACAGUUUAAAUAACACAGAAUUUUUUUUGUGCAUGUCAGAAGGCACUGAUUUUGUUAAAUGAAUAAGUUGUAUGUUGUGGCUGUUGAAAAUAAUUUUAUUUGUUAAGCAGGGAUGAGACUUCUUAUCCUCUUUUACCAUGAUGUUAUUUAUGUUAGUGAUUCUGCUGUUUUUUCCCUGCAUGUAAGCCAAAGUGCAGUGCAUGCUAAAGAGAAUGUAUAGCACACAAUGUGAAUGCAUGAGUGCUACGUAAAGACGUAAAACGGCUGGACUUUUAAUCUAUGGUUUUAACAAAAGUAUUAUGGAUAUAGUGCUUCUUCAUGACUGUAUAACUGUUCAGUGAAGGUAUGUGAAUGAUCCUCAACAGACUCCUGCUGUAGACAAAACUUUUUCAUGCCAUAGCUAGAAGAUGUCAUUAUACUUUUAUAUUUAAAAAAAAGAAAAAGCCUUAAAGAACUUUGACCAAGCACAUGAGAUAUGUGGCUUCUUAGCUCAGUGAAUUUCAUAAAUCCUUUUAUUACUUAUAACCUGGGAGGGGGGGUCAGAAUAACUUCUCUGUGCAUUCUUCAGCACUAAUGCACUCUAAUAUAAAGAAGUUGUGAUUGUACACGAGUGGCUCAAAUUUAAUGGAUGUAGCACACAAAGGAUAUGUAGCAGGUUACUUCUCCCACACAGAGUUGCCACUUUGCAGUCAGGGAGGUGUUGUUUCCUCGUAAACUUGGUUUGUAGUCGCAUUCGAUGUGAGUCUAUUACAGUAUUGUUUUAUUAAACCAAAGGAAAGGACCUUUAAAUGUGUGAAUGUUUUUAUUUUCACAUUUGUAUGAGGUUGUGAACCUUUUGUGUUCAGUCGUCU